AUGACCAGUAUGCUUUCUAUUGGAAAUGUCUGCAAAGAUGUCACUUGGUCUGCCGAAGAUUCCUCAUAUGUUUGUUGUGGGCCUCAUCACAGAGAUUGCUUGGGCGACGAGUUCCUCCCAUAUUUAAAGAAGUGCUACACAAGCAUUUUUGAUGAUGUGGAUGAAGAAUCCAUUACUGGCCAUUUCAAGAGAUUUGCAUUGUGCACAUUUUCUGGAGAUAAAUAUGGUUCAAGCCUGUCACGAGGAGACAGAUCAUCAUAUAUUCUUGCAAGGUGGUGUGCUCUUGGAGGAAAAAUUGACACCAGUGGAAGUGAUCUUAGGCCUGGAAUCAUUCAGUUUUUCAUGGAACAGACAAUCAAAGUCAAUGGACAGCCUGUUCCGUGCAUACUUGCUUUUGUGCGCUGGUUUCAAUCACAUCCUUCACGGUACUCCUUAGGUGCUCCAGUGGAGGUGUGGUGCAAGGAUCUCUUUGAAUUGGAAGGCGAGGCUACUUUCAUUCCUGUUAAGAGAGUACAUGGAAGGUUUGUGCCAGUAUUUGGUGUCAUUCAACGGGAGAAUGUGUUAGUAGUUUGUCCUCUUCCACGCAAACUACACUGUUAACGUUUUUAAUCUGUUAAAUG